UUGUGGAGUUGUGUUGUACGUAUUGUUAGCUGGUUUUCUUCCGUUUCCUCCUGGUUUAGAUGUCCUAACUGGUUUCCUCCUGAGGUCAAGAAGCUAUUAUCUAGGAUUUUGGAUCCUAACCCUAAUUCAAGAAUCAAGAUUGACAAAAUCAUGGAGAACUCUUGGUUUCAAAAGGGCUUCAAGAAGAUUGAAGAGCCUAAAUCGCCUGAUAGUAUGAUAGAAUCUCUAAUGAGCGACGUGCAUGCAGCUUUUGCUGUGCAGCCGAUGUGUUACACUGCAUUUGACCUAAUCUCUUCACUGGCUCAAGGGUUUGAUCUUUCGGGGUUGUUUGAGAAAGAAGAGCGAUCGGGAUCAAUGUUUACGACAAAGAAAGAAGCGAAAGAGAUAGUGUCGAAGUUUGAAGAGAUAGCUACGAGUAGUGAGAGAUUUGAUUUGAAGAAGAUCAAUGUAGGAGUGAUCAAGAUGGAAGAUAGAAGGGAAGGACGAAAAGGACAAGUUGCGAUUGAGGUUGAGAUAUUUGAAGUGACAAAGAGUUUUAAUAUGGUUGAGUUUAAGAAAAGUGGAGGUGAUACGAUGGAGUAUAAACAAUUUUGUGAUCGUGAGCUUAAGCCUUCCUCGAAAGAUAUUGUUUGGAAAUGGCAAGGAAACUAGCAACAAGGAGAAAGAUUGUUUAAUGUGAUAACAUAUGUCUUCCCUAUUUGUUUUUCUUUAAUUUUGUUUGCCUUCUUUUAUUCAUUGUGUGUGAAAUCUGAGACUUACGAUAAUGAAUGAUGCAAUCAUAUCUAGAUUUUCGUGCGUUCAACAUUGACAUAAAAAAAUAAAAAUAAAGGAUAGUAACAGAAGACAUCAUAGAUUUUU